AUGGUCUUUUUCAAACGAAAACCGGUCGUCUACCUCCCACGGCCUGUGAUCCAAGAUGAAAACGCCGAGGUCUGGGUCAUCCCCGCUACCAGCGAGGUCUUCACCAGCUACGAGGCGUACCUCUCCCGAAUGGACUUUUACAAACAGCGUCGGUUUAUCUGUGAGAUUACGGGCCAUUCAGGCUUGAAUUUUUUCGAGGCACUGCGAAGCGAGACGGAGGAGUCGCGCGAGGUGAACAACACUUUCCCAGAAGCGCUUAAGGAGCCGAUUCUGCGCCGAAUUCAGUUCUCUACAGUAUCGAGGGUCGACAAUCUAGUGGAUGAAAUCUUCGAAGAAUUCAGAACUGACUUCUAUCCCGGCGAAAAUGUACUUAUUCUACUGGAGGACACCACCAGACUACAUGGGAUCAUCAGAGACAAAGCAAACUUCGCCGAACAGUUGUAUGCUGAUGGAACCAUCAAGACUCCCGCCUAUGCCAGGUAUCUAGUAAAGAUCCAAGACCGACAGAAUGAGGAGGCGUUGCUUGACCACGACCACAUCACCCGGGAUCGAAAGGCAUUCACCAAGCUGAUGCUUCGUGGUUUCAUCAAAAAUAAUGUAACCCGGGAAUCAUGGACCGGUGCCCCAUGGCUCGUCAAGCCCUCCAUCGCCGAGGAGUACAAGAUCGCCACCGAGGUCCCCAAACACCUUCAGUAUGGCGCCAAGGUCGCCGAAAAGAAGGCGCAGAAAAAGGCGGACCAAGAAGGAUAUUUUGGCUUCUUCUCUUCUCAGCAAUUACCGGCACUAAAGCCGGCUACGAAGGCACAAAAGGCCAAACUGUCCGCUCAGGACCUCGCGAGGUCCAGCCAAGCACAAUAUGAGGAGUACCAGCGAUCGCUCAACGGAAAUCCCACGUUCCUACUCCCAAGCAACCCCCUCCGCCCAUCAAAGCCUCCGGUGGUCGGCGACAAAAAAAUGCAACCACCUUCUAUGCCCUCUGGACCGUCUGCGGUGUCUGUACCUUCGGUGGUUAUCACGAACGAGUCAGUGCCCCCCGCGCCGUCGCCUCCACCAAUUCGCUAUCCAGUGGAAGAUUUGGAACUUCCUCCACCCCGGGACGGCAGUCACCGCCCUACUCUGAAGUUCAUGAUGGUGGGCGAGUCGGAUGAGGAUGGAGUCGAGAAUCUCUUGCCAGAUGACUUGGAGCCCGACUCGGUUGGUUUGCUUUUAGAAACCUGGGAUACUCUCAAUGUCUACUGCGAGGUAUUUCAGAUUGACUCAUUUACCUUCGAUGAUUUCCUCCAAGCCAUGCGAUUCUCUUCUGAGGAAAUGGAUUGUGAACUUUUUGUGGAGAUCCAUUGUGCCGUUUUGAAGAAGCUGGUCAACUCAGAAAACGACAACGGUGCCAUUCAGAUCACGCUCCCAGAUUUUCCUGUCGAAGAAUCCGAUGAUUCUGAGGACGAGGAGGACGAAGAUGAAGAAGAGCCGGAGGAAUCGGCUGGGAGAAUGACGACCCGGGGCAGCCUGGCCAAAAAGGAACUCGAGUCGUUGAAAUCACAGGCCGAUAAAAAUGAAGAAGAAGAGGACACGCAAAUCCACCGUGCCGCCGAGAUGUUCACCAACUACGGGUGGAUUGAUCGCCUUCGUCGACGUGAUUUCCGCAACGGUGGAUGGGAGCUCGUGAUGAUCGGUCUUUUGCAUCAGCUGUCUGUCCGUCCUCGGUACGAACAAACUUGCAACGACAUUCUCAAGCACCUUGCACCCUUGGAUGCAAAGCCUACACAGAAGACUGCCCAGGGACAGUAUCGCACUCUCGACAUCAACUUACGGGUUAAAGCUCUUCAGAUUCUCACUACGCUCAGCUUGGAAACCAAGGCCAUCCGCAAUUAUCUGGAAGAAUGUAGCAACCAGAUGACCGAAUUUCGCAAGGUGAAGAUUGAGCAUCAGAAGGCGCGCAAAGCAGCACUCGUUGAACUUCGCCAGCUUCACCAGGAUCGGAAGGCACUUCAGCCGGAACCCGAAAAGAAUGAGAAAUCUCCCACGCCUGUACCAGACCUUGAAGGCAUGGACGAUUCCAAGUUAACUCUCGAGGGAGAUUCCGAGAUGCCCAUGGACACCGAAGACGAAGACACGCCUCGCCCGCGCGCUCUUCGUGGUGGCGUUGACCGUGCUUUGGAACGCAAAAGGAAACAGGAAGUUGAGCGAGAACGCAAAGAGCAGCUGGCCAAGCAACCCAAGGGCUCGAAGCAGUACCAGAAAGUCCUCAAGAAGAUCGAUGAUCAGAAGGCCAAGAUCGAGAAGCUGCAGGAAGAAAUCGACACGGUGGACAAUGAUUUGCGGGAGGCUGACUGUCCCCGAACGCGAUGUCUGGGUCUUGAUCGAUUCUGCAACCGUUACUGGUGGUUUGAACGCAACGCCAUGCCCUACGGAGGCAUGCCAGAUAGUUCAACUUCUGAGGCUUGCUACGCCAACGGCCGUCUCUGGGUGCAAGGCCCCGAUGAUAUGGAGCGCGCAGGCUUUAUCGACUUGACCGAUGACCAGCGCAAGGUGUACCACAAGCACUUCCAAACAACCCCUGCCGAGCGCAAGAAGCAUGAAGAAGGGUCCACGCAUCUGCUGAACGCCCGUGAAUGGGGUUACUACGAUGAACCCGAGUCGAUCGAGCAGCUCAUUGCAUGGCUGAAUGGACGUGGCAACCGGGAAUUCAAGCUCUUGAAGGAGCUUCAUCUCCAGCGAAAGCACAUUGUCAAUUACAUGCAGAACCGCCAGGCGUAUCUGACCGAAUCCCGUGACCGAGCCGAGUCGGAAGAGAUGCCCACCAAGCGGGUGACAACCCGCACCAAGACCUAUUUGGAUCUGAACGAGAACGGCCUUCGCUGCCUCCGUUGGAGAAAUACGACGGCUUUGAACGAGAUUGGGCAUCUUCACGUCGACCCAGACCGUCCAACCAAGCGCCAAAAGCGGAACACGGACGAUGCGCGCGAGAUCAAGGCGACUCGAGGCAAGCCCUUGACUCGACAAGGUUCGCGCAGAGGUUGA